AUUUGGUUAUUAAAUGAUACAAACCCAAGUUUCAUACCAUGUUGCAGUCCUCAUAGCUCCUAUGGUAUUGACUCUGAGGUUAAUGAUCUGCAGUGUCUCUGUUCAGUAGUGUAGAGUAGCAGAUGUUAGAUGUCUUGUCCUGCUGCACUACAUUCCCCACAAUGCAUCUGUGCAGGCGGCGGUCCCACCUGUCUGUCCAGGUAGAGGAGGAAGCAGAGCGAGCACAGAGAGCAGAGCAGAGCUGAAGCAUGGAGCGAGAGGAUCCUCAGAACGACUCCUUCGACUUCCUCUUCAAGAUCAUCCUCAUCGGGGACUCCAACGUGGGCAAGACCUGCCUGGUGCACAGCUUCAAGAGCGGCCUGUUCUCCGAGACGCAGCAGAACACCAUCGGUGUGGACUUCACUGUGCGCACGCUCACCAUCGACGGCCGCCGAGUCAAGAUGCAGGUGUGGGACACGGCAGGACAGGAGCGCUUCCGCACCAUCACACAGAGCUACUACCGCAGCGCUCACGGGGCCAUGAUCGCCUACGACAUCAGCCGCAGGGACACUUUCGACUCCGUGCUACGCUGGCUCCAUGAGCUGCAGCGAUUCGGGGCCGCCAACGUGCUCACCGCGCUCAUAGGUAACAAGCGUGACCUGGAGGCGGAGCGGCAGGUGCAGUUUGCAGACGCCUGUAAGCUAGCGGAGGAGCAGGGCAUGCUAGCAGCUCUGGAGACGUCAGCGCGAGAGAAGCAGAGCGUGGAGGAGGCGUUCAUCAUGAUGGCGCGGCAGCUGCUGCAGCAGAACGGCCUCUGUGUCACGCCGGACACGGACACACAUGUGUUACUGCGCACUAACUCUCGCGCUGUGGUCAGCGGGCCGUCGCUAGCAGAGCACCAGAAACAACAGCCCUGCCAGUGCUGAUCACAACACAGGGGGCCGUCCACUCAGAGCGCAUGCUUGCAUUACAAAGCACUGCUUUACAUUCUUUAUGUAUACAUACUAUGACUGGUGGAUCGCAUCUUGCAUACGAGUGUCACGGUUUAUUUUUUUGUUGUUUGCCUUUAUUAGGACUAAAUUGAGGUGGGACACAGAGGGGGGUGGAAUCGGGAAAGUCGGGAUGCAGAAGCGUAAUGGCGCUAUAUGUUAGCGCACUGCCCAGAGCAUCGCGUUUUUUUAAGAACUUCAACUUUUACACACAGAGGACCAAUGAGAAGACCCUGAAGGCUGAGCUAGCAUUGCAAGCUUUUGUUUACUGUAGCAGGUUGGCAUGGCUGGCAACUGUGUUAUUUGACAGCAACAUGGCAGAGUUUUUCCGAAACCCUUGCUGGUGCUGCGUCUCACGUUUUAUGCGUUAUCUCACGUUUAGUGUUUCUGCUUGCAUGUUUCCUCUGAAUAAAUGAAGUCACUGCCGUCAACACUGAAGAAAACAAUCCCAAUACAUCUGAAGAGUUUUAUUAAUAUUAAAAAUUACUAUUUAUCGAA